UCCUGAUUUAGGGGCAAAAGAUGAAGAUAAAAUAACUACACAACUGACUCAAAACACGAGAGAAAUUCAGAAGGUCAGGGAUGAAGCCUUGGGUUCCCCAGUGGCCGCCUCAGCCAGAGGGGAGGCCCCCAGCACCAUCAAGGGAUCCAGACCGAGGGCUUCAGAGAGACAGAUACUAUCGGCCUAUUCGUCACUCUUGGCACAAUGGAGAGAGGGUCCAACAAGAACAAGACAUGGGCAGGAGCCCCCAACCACAGCAGGACCCUGGGGCAGACCACCAGCAGCCUCACUACGCGUCCAGGCCUGGGGAAUGGCAUCCGCCUGUGUCCAGGGAUGACUAUUAUAAAGGUGGUUAUCCCAGUCAGUUGUAUUCAAGGCCGGGCAUUGAGGAUCUCUAUCAAAGCUAUCACUCUCCAGCCCUAAGGGAAGAAUAUGCUUAUGGAAGUUAUUACUACCAUGGACACCCGCAGCAGCUGCGGGAAGAAGGAGUGGCAAGGCAAGGGAGUCCUUAUAUCUGGCAUGAAGAUUAUCGAGAUCAAAAGUACCUGAAUGAACACCAACAUGAAAACCAGAAUAGUCCGUUUGGAACAAAUAGUGAGACCCAGUUCCAAUCUAAGCGUUGGAACCCUUAUAAAGACAGUCCUGCUUCUAACUCUGGACAGGAGAGGCCUGGGGACUUAUCUGUGGAGAGUCCGCUAACUGGGGCCCAGAAAAACAAGCCAUCACUGACCGAGGAGUCCAACCUUCUCCGGCAGCACGAGUCUGGUCUCACCUCCAGCAGCUAUGAGCUCAGUCAGUACAUGACAGAUGCCUCUGAGCUGUAUGAUCCCAUGGCUGCAGCGGGUUGGAGUCCAGUUCAGGCUGAGGACAUCUCGGCAGCUGGUCCCAAGACACCCAUGAAGUUCUACAUCCCUCACGUGCCUGUGAGUUUUGGGCCAGGAGGUCAGCUGGUGUGUGUGGGUCCCAGAUCUCUCAGUGAUGGACAGACGGCCCUUGUUGAACUGCACAGCAUGGAGGUUAUUCUUAAUGAUUCUGAGGAACAAGAAAAGAUGAGGACUUUCUCAGGACCCCUGAUUAGGGAAGAUGUACACAAGGUGGACAUCGUGACGUUUUGCCAGCAGAAAGCAGCUCAGAGUCGCAAAUCUGAGACACCAGGGAGCAGAGACUCGGCUCUACUGUGGCAACUGUUGGUUCUCCUUUGUCGGCAGAACGGGUCCGUGGUGGGGUCUGACAUCGCGGAGCUGCUGGUGCAGGACUGCAAGAAGCUGGAGAAGUACAAGCGGCAGCCGCCUGUGGCCAACCUCAUCAACCUGACGGAUGAGGACUGGCCAGUACUGAGCUUGGGGACCCGGAACCUGCUCACUGGGGAGGUUCCCCCCAGCGUGGAGACGCCUGCGCAGAUCGUGGAGAAAUUCACUAAGUUGCUCUACUAUGGAAGGAAAAAGGCAACCUUGGAGUGGGCCAUGAAGAACCAUUUGUGGGGUCAUGCUUUGUUCCUUGCCAGCAAGAUGGACCCAAGGACCUACAGCUGGGUCAUGAGUGGCUUCACCAGCACGCUGGCGCUCAACGACCCACUGCAGACCCUCUUCCAGCUCAUGUCGGGAAGGAUCCCACAGGCAGCCACGUGUUGUGGGGACGAGCAGUGGGGAGACUGGAGGCCGCACUUGGCUGUGAUUCUGUCGAAUCAAGGUGGGGACCCGGAGCUGUAUCAGCGCACGAUUGUCACCAUGGGGGACACCCUGGCUGGGAAGGGGCUGGUGGAAGCAGCUCACUUCUGCUACCUCAUGGCUCACGUGCCCUUCGGUUCCUAUACCGUGAAGACAGACCACCUGGCCUUGCUGGGCAGUAGCCACAGUCAAGAGUUUUUGAAAUUUGCAACAACUGAGGCUAUCCAGAGGACGGAAAUCUUCGAGUACUGUCAGAUGCUGGGCCGCCCCAAAUCCUUCAUCCCUUCUUUCCAGGUGUAUAAGCUCCUUUAUGCUUCCCGUCUGGCAGAUUACGGCCUUGCAUCCCAGGCCUUGCAUUACUGCGAAGCCAUUGGCACAGCCCUCCUGAGCCAGGGAGAGAACAGUCACCCUGUGCUAUUAGUGGAACUCAUCAAGCUUGCAGAGAGACUGAAGCUGUCAGAUCCUCUGGUUUUAGAACGCCACCGCCGUCACCGAGGAGACAGGGACCUGGAGCCGGACUGGCUGGUACACCUUCGGGGGCAUCACAAGGAGCUGCAGCAAAAGGUAGCAGGAGACAUUGGGGAUCCUUGCUCUGCUCACUCGGAUAUUUUGGGAGCCAGAAAAACAACAGAUGACGCUUUCUACCAGGAUCUUUCUGGACAUCAAGGCAACUCAGAAGCCCUUGGGGACCGCUCAGCCCUGUGGCCAACACUGGAGCCGAUGGGCCCGGCCCAGCCCAGCCCACAGCAGCCCUUUCCCCUCCAGCCCAGCUCCUACCCAGCAGGAGGAGGUUCCGGGCAGACGGGGGUCCCGGUGCCUCUUUACUCAGUUCCUGAGGCCCAUCUGCCAGGGACUGGUGGCAGCGUGGCGGUGACAGGGACUCCUGGAGGAAGGGCCUGGGAGGAAGCCCAGCAGAUGCACCCGCCCCCUGGAGAGAACACAGUGUCUCCAGAAACCUUCCAGCAUCCUGUUGGGCAGAAGGUUGUUUCCAAACCGCAGGUGCCACUGAUUCCCAGAGCACGAAAUAUUUCUGAGAGUUCCACUGUAUCAGUCAAGGAGGAUGACGGGGAGUCCUCCGAUGAGGCAGAGAAGAAAAAGUCUUCUGAAAACACCGCCCAGAGAGGAAAGCUCGGAGACGCGAAGGAGAAUACAAAGGGCUUGGGGUUUGGCUGGCUUAGCUGGUUUCGCCCGAAGCCCACCGGCGACGCGCCCCCCUCUGGAGAUGAGGACGCAUCUGACAGUCCUGACUCUGAGGAAGCCCCCCGAGCAUCUGCUCCUCCCAGGCCCAGCCCAGGCCUCUCCCCGACGCCGCCCCCAGCUCCCCAGUCUCUGCCGGACGCCGGCGCCUUCUCCAGGGACACAGGUGGCAGUGAAGCCCGAGGAUCAGCGUCCGGGGCGGGGAGAGCCAAGGGCACGGGGAAUGGAGGCUUGUUGGGACCUCAGGGUGUUUCCUCUGGGCUCUACUUCAACCCUGGUGUUCUGCUUCCCCCACCCACCUUGAAAGGGGCUGUCCCUCUCUACAACCCAUCCCAGGUCCCCCAGCUCUCCAUGGCUACCAGCCUGAACCGGCCAAAUCGCCUAGCUCAGCGCCGCUAUCCAACCCAGCAGUGACGAGAAGGACCACCCAUCCCAGGCUGGUCUCCCUGAAGCACAACUUUUAUGUUGUUCUCAUUUCUUAAUCUCCCAGCCCCUCUGCCACAUCAGGGCCCCCAAGAGGGUUGUGCUAGCCUGUUGCCUCCAUGGGACAUAGAGAACGCAAGGGGACAGGGUCUCCCAGGACAUAGCUCAGUUCAGUGUCUUAAGAUUAGCUUCAGAAUGAUGGUGCAGAUGGCUUCAUUGGAUGGAAAAACUGGGCAUAACAGCAGACUGGAGGUGAGCAGAAUGCUGUGGCGGCAGCACUUAGAAUGUCGCUUGAGAUCCUCGGGAGAUUCAGGGCCUAAGAAUCCCACUGCUGGAAUCAGUGAUGACACCACUGGGCUCAGCAGCAGGAAAUGACUGGGGGAGAGGCACUCAGGGCAAUAUUCUAGACUAACUUGCACAGGCUCCGGACGCGCAGGCUCAGCGGCCAUGGCUCACGGGCCCAGCCGCUCCACGGCAUGUGGGAUCUUCCCGGACCGGGACACGAACCCGUGUCCCCUGCAUCGGCAGGCGGACUGUCAACCACUGCGCCACCAGGGAAGCCCUAGACUAACUUUGACUUCUUCCUCAGCCUUAGUUACAGACCAAUUCAUGGCUCUAGUUAGCAAAAGAGUUUUGAAUCUCGGAAACUUAUCAUUGUUUCCCGUCAUCAUUCCCUCUUGGGUGACAUUUUGGCAGUUUCCCUCUUGGUUUUAGUUUUGUGCACAUUUUUUAUGUGGUUCAGAUUAAUUAUAUUUCUCUCACUUUCUUAGCUGGUCCUAUUUUUCCACAUUCUGGCAUCUGGCUAUCAAGUUAGAUUGCUGUAGGCAUCAUAUUGUCAUGGUAACUACUGAACCUAAUGAUGCAGAUGGAUGGAACAUCAGUGUAAUAAAGGAUGGAAAAUGUUCCCUAAAAAUUCACUCCUUCCAUAAGAGAGGAGGAAUGAGUGCCCAAGUUUGUUAAUACCUCCCUUCCUGCCUUGGGCCUUUGCAAAUGGAUGUUCGGAGGGUCAGAGGAGCCGGAGGGAGGAGGGGGACAUCUUGGAAAUUUCCAUUUCUCCUUUCAAACCCACAAUAGGAGUAACUCUUGCUGUUUGUCAGAUUUGCUGAAAAUUGUUCCUCACAAAGAACAUUCUUUGUAUGUGUAAUUGUACAUACAGGUUUUGUACUUUAACGUAAUAUGGUUCUGAUGUUGAUAGCGAUUAAA